AUGACUUUAUUUGACGAGCUGGCCGAGAAACUUGGGGAUGACCAGUGGGAUGAGUGGAAAACAAAGGUGCUCGAUGCAAAAGAAGAAAUCGCCGCUUUCGUUGCGAGUCGUCGGCCGGGUCGUGGAGCUGAAGUCCUUGAUUGGUUCCAGGGCUCUUUCAAUUUCUGCCUGCAGAUAAUGUACAACGAUGGGACUCCGGAUGUUAUAAUACGAUUUCCAGGCCCUGGACACACAACAUUUCGAGACGAGAAGAUUCGGAAUGAGGUUCAGGUCAUCCAGUUCCUCCACGAAUCUACAUCCAUACCAGUACCGCGUCUGUUCAGCUGGGGUCUCACUGAAGAUAGUCCGCAGCACCUGGGACCAUUCAUGAUUUCAGAGUUCGUGGAAGGUGUUCAUCUUUCUGAUGUCCUCAAGGACACUGCUGAUCCAAAGCGUCUCCACUUGAACCCCGACAUUGACAGGAAUAUAUUGGACAACGUGUACAAUCAAAUGGCCGACAUUAUGCUGGAACUUUACAAUGUCGACUUCGAUCGGAUCGGGGCCAUCUCAAAGGACACUUCUUCGGGGUCUUGGUCCGUGACAGAGCGGCCCCUAACAUAUACUAUGAACGAGCUGGCGACUACGGCUUUUUUUCCUGUGGAGGACUUUCCUUCAACGACCUUUACAUCUACGAGCGAUUACUUCCAGUACCUUAUGACCGAGCACAAAACACACCUUUGGACCCAGCGCAAUAUAUGUGGUAGUCCAACAGAAGCUCGGGAUCGAUAUAUAUCUCGUCUUCUUUACGCAAAGUCAUCCGAUAAGCAUUGUGUCAACGAUAGUGGCCCUUUCAAACUCUUUUGCGACGACUUCAGGCCUCAAAAUAUACUGGUGGAUCCGGAGACCCUCCGCAUCAAGGCUGUGCUUGAUCUUGAAUUCACAAACGCCAUGCCUCGUCAAUUCGCUUCCGAUGCGCCUUGGUGGUUACUGCUGGUCGGACCUGACUCAUAUCUUCUCCGAGAUCGUACCCUUCAAGAGUUUGUAGAGGCUUACGAGCCUCGCUUAGAGCACUUCUUGCAGGUUAUGGAACGUGUGGAGGGGGCAAGGGAUGGUGCAGGUGGCACACAGCCUCUUUCAAAGCUGAUGAGAGAGUCGUGGGAUACAAAGCGCUUCUGGUUCAAUUACGCAGCCCGGAAGCCUUUCGAUGUCGAAGUCUUCUUUGACAAGUAUUUGAAUGAGAGCAAUGCAGGCAUUGGGUCGUUGGAUGAAGACGCGCGUGAAGGACUAGAGCCCUUCGUGGAGAUGAAGAUGAAGCAGCUGCGGGCAUACGACGAAGAAUGCUCCAAAGCUCUUUGA